UUGAAUUUUUCAACUUCCAAAAGCCAAAAAUCUCUUCUCCUCUCUUUGUGUCAAUUUCUUUCAAAUUUUGUUUUUUUUUUUCGUUAACGGGGCUGAGUUUGCUCUGAAAAGUAAACAAGGCCAAAUGCAUAUGAAAUGAUUCUUUUAUCAUUGAGGUUCCUCACGGCUUGAGAUCUCGUGAUUCCCGAAGGCAAAUGUCAAUGAUAGUCAGAUCAUUGGAAGUUGGAGCAUUUAAUUAUGGGAAAAUUGGAAAUAUGGAACAAAUAAUCUACUACAUUGUCUCUAUACCAUAUAUUGAACAUAAAGUUGUCCCAAUACCAUAAUUUUUUGUAUAAUCCCCAUUAACCCCCUAUUAUAAACAUAAUUAUAUAUUUUUAAUAUUUUUCGUAAUUGAUUAAUAAAAUCAUUAAUUAAUUGGUUUAAAAAAAAAAACAGAUAAGAGAAGGGGUUUGUCGGGAUCGACUCUAUUUUCCCCCAAAUUGAGUUCCUUAGAACCCUAAAAAAUCUCUCUCCUUCGUUCUACUCUAGAGAGCAAAUCGGAGACAAAUUAGGAGCUAUACAUCUCGACGCUGCUUCUCUUCGCCGGCUCCGGUGUUCGUUCUCCCCUCUUCGACUCCGCGGUGGUUUUCUUCAUAAACCAACGCUCUCCUACACCAAACCCACUUCGCGGUCUUGCUCUCAGGUAUGAUGUUGGAUCCGUUGCCUCAGUGUCUAUUCAAAGAGGGAAGUGAAACACAAGUGGAGAAGAUUAACAACACUUGUCGAACAUCCAUACUUAAGGAGGUGGAGAAGUACAUUCAAGCCGACUAUAAGGAUGUGUUGGCUGAUCCGCUAUUUGCUCAGGUUAUGGACAUUUAUGUUCACCAGCUUCAGUAUUCGGGGAGAGUGAUCCACACGUUUGUUUGUAAGCAGCUUCUGACCUCGAAUCUUCAUGAGCUGUGGUUCCAUUAUGCUAGAAGGCCUCUCAGAUUUUCAAUGCAAGAGUUCUAUGCGAUCACUGGUCUGAAGUAUGAAGACGACGAGCCUGACUUGGAUAUUGAUAAUUGGAAAUAUGAUAAAGGGUUUUGGGCAAAGUUGCUAAGGAGAAAAGGAAAAAUUUCCUUAGAGGAAAUCAGGAAGGUGCAUCUGAAGAAUUGUAAUACAUGGUCUCGUGUAGAUAGGCUGAGGAUGGUGUAUUUGUGUGUGAUCUGUGGUAUAAUUAUGGCGAAGAAUGAGAGGGUUGCCAUCCCACACAAGUACAUCAAGCUGGUGAUGGAUUUCGAGAAGAUGAGGAAAUAUCCAUGGGGUCUUCACUCCUUUGAUAUGCUGGUGACUUCUAUUAUCGAAGCUAGGGAUAAAGUGAAGACUCAGAACAGCUAUGUUUUAGAUGGGUUCUCUUAUGCAUUUCAGAUUUGGUUGAUGGAGGCUAUUCCAGACAUUGGGUCGCUUUUGGGUCAGAAACUCCAACAAGGCGUGACUAGCAUGAGAUGCAGGAAUUGGAAAGGCUCUGCCAAGGUUUCCUAUGAUGAUAUUACUAGCUUAGAGUCUACUUUUGGAUCCACUGGAGAUGUGUUUCCAUAUUUAUCUUCCACUGGAAGUUACAAUGUCGUUUUAGGUGAGGAGUUUAAACGAGCUUCUGAGAUGAAGGAUGAAAGAGUCGAUCUGGUGAUGGAGAUGAUCGAAAAGAAAUAUGAUUGGAGUAAGCAUGAGUGGGGUUUCAAGGAAACUGUAGAGCCAUUUGUGGACAGUUCUGAUGAAGCUCCUUCUGGCAGUCGAGCAUCUGCUCCUUCUCGUACUCGAGCUACUGGUCCUUCUGGCAGUCGAGCUUCUGCUCCUUCUCGCAGUGGUGGUCCUGCAAAUGCUGCGAAGACAAGGUCUCAGACAAAGGUAAACAAGAAGUAGAGCUUUUUCAUGUCUUCGGUUACUCUUCUUUGAAUCAUGUCUGCGGUUGCUCUUUUUUUCAUGUGCUCGGUUGCUCUUCUUUUUUCAUGUCCUCGGUUGAUGUUCUUGCGGUUUGUAAUAUAUUUGUAAGGAUGAUGUUGUCUUUGCUGUGUGCAAUAUUGAUGUAAGGAUGAUGUUUUGGAUCAUGUGUGUAAUAUUAUUGUAUUUUGUGGUGUAAUAUAUAUGUUUUAAAAUUAUUAAUGUCAUGUUUUGUGUUUUAUAACCAGGAUACAGACUUGUCUGAUGUGUUUGGCAGCUUAUUUGGCACCUUAGAUGCCAAUUUAGGGACCCAAGAGCAUUUACAGAAGAUGAUGGGCAACCUUACCCAAGAGUCAAAUGUUGAUGGUUUUGAUCCAUCUCAAGAUAAGCAGUUCGAAGAACCUUGUGCUUUCACUACGCCUAUGACUUCUUUCCGGCCAGAGAUCUCGAAGCGAUCAUUCUUGAGUGAUAUUGAUGAUCCAGAAGUCCGUUGCAAAGACAGCGACUACGAAUUGGUGUUUGUUCCAGAAGACAAAUGGGCCAAACUAAUGGAAUGGACCAUGAA